AUGUCGACAGCAUCAACACGUUCUCGCGGCUUCAGUAGGCGGCUUGAUAGCCAGAGCAGCGAGAAUACAGACCGCCGUUCACGAAAUGUUUCGAUUGCACGAAGGAGAACUAUCAGCUACAAUGAUGCGUACACAUAUGCACUCCGAGUUGCGUAUCUCGCCUAUCUUCUCCAACCAAGAGCCCGUCGUAGACAAAGUGUAGCAGUACCUCGUCCUCGUGCUCAGAAGUCGUCAGUCUCUAUAAUUAGCGACCUAAGUUUGGUUAAAGAUCACAAAAGCACCAGAUUACCUCAUGGGUUUGUGGGUCGACUCGAAAAUCGAUUGACAGGAGUAUUCAAAGGGACUGAAAAGGAGAAAGCGUAUCAGGAUGAGGGAGUGAGGAGAACCUUUGCGGCAUUUUUAAACGAGUUAAGGGAACCAGGUUUCAACAAACGCAUGAGAGAGGAAAGACGUGCAGAGCCUCUAGUUUUAAUAUUUUUCUCCAAUGCUACAAAGGAACUAUCUAAAGGCCAAUCCCCCGAUGAUAUAAGCUGGAAGCUCAUGGUUGAUCGGCAUGUUGCUCUAUUCGUGAGAAUCAUCAUCCUUAUUCUCAGAGAUCAUGGCUGGGACAAGGAUAGACCUGAACUCGCUAGCCAGCUCUCUGUCUUGGAAGUCAAAUUGCUUGCGCAUGAUCAGGAUCUCGCACAGGCUUCUCAAAAGGAUGGAGGAAGUGCGACUACUGAACUUGCACCACUAUCUUAUAACGUCGACGAUAUGCCAUUAGUCCAAGUCGUGGUGAAGGUGUUCGGGCUUAGGAAUUCGCAAGUCCAGUCGGAUAUCAACAAGUAUAAAGAUGUAUGGACGGCAAAGGCAGCAAUGCAGGACCUCAAAACGUAUCAGGUUCAGCUCAACUUAAAUACCAGAAGAACGCUAUCCAACGACGACUUUGAUUCAAACGAUGCUUUUGAAGCCUGGAAAAAAGCCGAAGCUGGUGACCUCUCUCAAAUGAUGUUCUCUAUAAUGCAAUCUAACCCAGAGACCAAAACAAGCACAUCUGGUAGCACCCUUCCUUAUCUGAGUACCAGAUCUAGCGACCUUGCUACCAUAGAUUCAGGAUACUCUGAGCCGUCUGAAGUUUGCUCUGUCGAUGCUUUGUCCCUAGCUGACUCAUCCAAUGAUUACUCUGAUGACCAUAAUUUAUACACCUUCAUUCCGCCGGAUGUCAGGUCUUAUUACCGCUUCAUACUCCUCCAAAUUGUUAACCAUGAGCUGCAGAACAGAAAAACCAACGUGUCUGAAGGAAAAGCUGAAGGACACACCACCACCCUUCUUUCCAAACAAUCUAUGGAUCUGCUUAACGAAAUAAGUCUCCGCUGGCGAAUACCACCGUCUACCCGCGCUGUCUUGUUUCUUGAUGUUUUCCGAGAAAAAUAUGUCGAGCAAGAGAUUGACCUUGACACGUUAGACUCCGCAUUCGUUUUUGUGAACCAACCACCAGUAGAAAAAUCGAGGCGUAGUAGCUUCAUCCCAGCCUUGACUGCGAGCAGAGAGAACUGGACGCGGGCCGACUUCGGUGUAAUGACGCACCUACUCUCCUCUCUUCAUGAGGCUCUCCUUCGACAACUCUACGAGACGAUGAUGCAUUGCUAUGACACCAAAGUCCCUCCUAUAGGAUCGGUCAUGUACAUCCUGGAAAAUCACGUCGAGGCGGAUCCCAACUUUAUUUCCAAGUCGGAGGAUCACGAAGAGUUUCGUUCCCAUGUACAUAACGGACUGGUGGAAAAGGCAAAGGAGGUAUACCAAGAACACCUCGACAAGGAAAUUCCUCCUAAUACAGAUGUGUGGGAGUUUUAUCAUGUAAUGCAACUCGGGAAAGCUGUCAUGAAGCUUGUCCAACGGAUACAGAAGAGAUAUAAAAAUAAUCCUGAAAUUAUGGGUGUGAAUCCCUCACCUAUCCUAAUUAAAUGCGUUCUUCCUAUGUAUGCGGAAGACGCGCGGGAUAUCAUUGCUAGGGUUAUACAACAAGCCAAGGAUAAGAAUGAAGAAAUUGGAAUACAGGACGGGUUUGAUCUGUACAAAGAAUUGGCAGAAAUUCGGCAAUUUUAUGUAUCGACACUUCCCGGUGACCCGUUCCCCAUUCCAAUUGAGAGGCUUCUGGUUGACUUCGUUUGGCGUUGGAUUCGAAUGACUGAUGAGAAGGUUGUGGAUUGGGUAAACCAGGCCAUUAAACAAGAUGACUUCAAAGUCCGGACUGAAUUGCCGAGUGACAUACCAUCAGAAGAGCAACGGCACAGCGUGUCAGUAAUCGAUAUAUUCCGGUUCUUGAACGAAUUUAUCAAUCCGAUUGUACAACUGAACUGGAACGACGAAGUGGGAUAUGCCAAGUUUAUGACUGCCAUUUCAAAAUCGAUCGGGGCAGGUGUCGCGAGGUAUUGCGAGGUUCUUGAACAAAUGUUUAGUAGGGAAAUGGAUCGCCUUACCCCGGAACAGGAAUCGUCUUUGUCGCGAUCCCGACAGGAGAAAUGGAUGCAAAUGGCCAAAGAGGCGUGGAACAGCAAGGAGAAAAUCGAACCGUUUCAAUUCUUCCCAGAGUCCUUUGUGAAACUGAAUAAUAUUGAAUACGCACUUCAUCAGCUUGAUAAGCUCGAAAGAGACAUAAAUGUUGAUGCUUGCGCAGACAUACUUGCAAAGAAUGCUCCUCCUUCCUUAAAACACCCGAGGAAGACCACGAACUAUGUUUUCACGGUCAAAAUUGUUGAGGCAGAAGAUCUGAAGGGAUGUGACAUGGAUGGCCUUAGUGACCCAUAUGUUUCUUUGGCCGAUGAGUCGCAGCGUAUAUUUAAGACCCGCAUUAUUUAUGACAAUCUAAAUCCCCGAUGGGAUGAUACUGUCGAUAUCAUUACUAAGGGACCUCAGAACAUCAUCGCUACAGUCUGGGAUUGGGAUGCCGUCGGAAGUCACGACUACAUGGGACGUACUUCUCUCAAACUUGAUCCGGCUCACUUUGCGGACUUUGUCCCUCGAGAGUACUGGCUAGAUUUGGAUACGCAAGGUCGAAUUUUGCUCCGUGUCAGUAUGGAAGGCGAACGAGAUGAUAUUCAGUUCUAUUUUGGUAAGGCGUUCCGUACUGUAAAGCGAGCAGAGCGGGAGAUGACCCGUAAAACAACAGAAAAGCUUUCUGCCUACAUCAACCACUGUCUUUCUCGCCGCGCUCUCAAAGCGUUGCUGUCAAAAGGUAUCACGAUGUCUACAGUUUCUAGUUAUUUCAAUAGAAACCGAGCACCGACUGCUUCAGGUCCCACCCAGGCGGAAAUUGAGGGCGCCCUAGAUACACUCUUCACAUACUUUGAUGACAACUUUUCAAUCAUGAACCAAACGUUAACUGCAGAGGCCAUGAGAACAGUCAUGGCCCGUUUAUGGAAAGAAGUGCUGGUAACUGUGGAGAGUUUAUUGGUCCCUCCACUUUCAGACAAGCCUUCCAACCAACGGCCCCUCACUCAGCAAGAAGUGGAUGUAGUAUCUCGCUGGCUCCUUUUGCUCCUCAACUUUUUCAAUGCAGUGGACGAAGAAACGGGAGAAGCAAACGGCGUACCCAUGGAUAUUCUCAAGUCUCCCAAAUAUCACGAAAUCCAAAGUCUCUUCUUCUUCUACUUCGAGCCCACCGAUAACUUAAUCCGAACAUCUGAACGGAUGGCAUCCGCAACAUCAGCACGACACCAGGCGAACAGAAACCGAUUUUCCGCCCCGCCUUCCAUUUUGAGUCCGUUCUCUGCAAUUGGUGGUGCUGCCGGCAUCCCGUCCGCCCGCCGGUCGAAGAGUAUCAUGUUAUCCCGUAACCUGGGCACGAUGAAGAAAGCCAAGCAGGAAAAAUGGCGAGAGGCACAAGCAGAGCCGAAUGAUGAUAUGAUCCUGCGAAUUCUACGGAUGCGGCCGGAGGCACAUGCGUAUAUUCGUGAUCGCAGUCGGCAGAAGGAGAGACUCGCCACGGCUGCUGCUGCGGAUCUAAUCGUCAAACAAAGCUUAAUGGCCGGCAAUGGAGGUCGGAUGGCUAGUAUAUUGCCGCGACGGUAA